GUCAACAAAACAAGCGUGUCGAAGCUGUCGCAGUCGGUCGCAGUUUUGUAGCUCUUCUAAAACAGCCACGUUAAUGACAAAAUGCCUGUUUGCUGGCUCAUCAGCCAAGAGGGACAUCAUAAACCCAUUCAGCUGCCUCACUUACAGACAGUUGUCUUGGGUCGAGGUCCAGAAACCACCAUUAAAGACAAAAAAUGCUCUCGGCAGCAAGUUGAAUUAAAAGCUGAAUGCAACAAAGGAUACAUCAAGGUUAAACAGCUUGGCUUGAACCCUACCUCCGUAGAUUCUGUGGUUAUAGGAAAAGGCAAUGAAGUCAAAAUGAAGCCUGGACAGCAACUUCACAUUGUCAAUCAGCUUUACCCAUACACUGUACAGUUCAAAGAAGAUACCACUGGUGACCAUGGAGGCAUCAAAAGACCACGAGAGCUUGGUUCAUAUGACAGAGACGGUCAUAGAGAUGCUCCAAGUGUGAAAGCAGCCAAACGCGUAGAAAAGGUUUCUGUGCCAGACAACAACCCCGGAGAAGCCCCAAAAAGCAGUGAAAUUGUUGGACAUUGGAGCCAAGGCCUGAAAGCAUCGAUGCAAGACCCAAAGAUGCAGGUGUACAAGGAUGACAGAGUAGUGGUCAUCAAAGAUAAAUACCCCAAGGCUCGGUACCACUGGCUAGUCCUCCCUUGGCAGUCCAUUUCCAGUCUAAAGACCUUGCGUGAGGAACACUGUGAUCUGGUGAAGCACAUGCAGAAAGUUGCAGACCAGAUGGUUCUGAAAUGCCCAGUCUCUAACUCUUUGCGCUUCCGCAUAGGAUACCAUGCCAUACCCAGUAUGAGUCAUGUACACCUCCAUGUAAUCAGCCAAGACUUUGACUCUCCUUGUUUAAAGAACAAAAAGCAUUGGAACUCAUUCACAACAGAAUAUUUCAUCGACUCAAAAGAUGUCAUUCAGAUGCUAGAAAAAGAUGGAAGAGUCACUGUGAAAGAAGGGGCCAGUGAGCUGCUGAAACUACCUCUUCGCUGUCACAUUUGUCACAAAGAGCUUCCCACUAUACCAUCACUAAAAGAACAUCUAAAGUCUCACUUUUCGUAGCUAAGAAAGUGAACUUGAAUCAGAUUCUCUUUGGAUGUCUUUGGUUUGACGCUUUAUGGCAGUGUUUUUGCCAUGUAAAACAACAUUUUUUUUGUUUAGAAAGAUGCAGUUAUGUGAUAGAAACACAUCCAGAGGUUAAUUUUCAACCAGGGGUUUGUCAUGUUUCCAAGGACAGUCUCUGAGGAAAUCCUUUAAUGUUAGAUGCUAUCUGUUUGUUUGUUUUUGUUACAAAUGUCACAACACAGUAGGAACGUUCUGAUACUACUUUAUUGUUCCAAGUUCCAUGAUUAGAUGUUGUAUUAAAUAUUUUGGAGUGA